AUGACGUCGUAUUUGAUCUUCUCGGCUUCCAUCAUCAGAUCUUCGAUGGCCGCUUCCGAUGCAAGCUUCACGUUAUGGCAAAAAUGGGUCAACGAACCUACGAUUCCACCUCAUAUCAGCCAAUUUCUCGGCGACAUAAAAGGGGACAAUUUGGUUUUUGCAGGCAUAACGAACGCAUCAGACAUACUAGUACGAGGUGUGCUGAUUUUCUAUGUUCUUCCAUGGUUACCUAUUAUGAUUACCAUAAACGUAUUGAAAAGCAAGAUGUAUGCACUAGUACGCAGUCGUGCUACCGUAUUCAGCACUGAGACACUUCGACUGCACGGGAAUCUGAUAAAGGCACUUACAACACAGUCGCUGACACCAUUUCUUCACUUGAUAACAUAUAUUUGCUUUGUGGUUGCACAGUACGUGGAAUCAAGCAUCAUCACGGAGAUAAUUAUGUUUAUGCCAACAGGAAUUCUUUCCAUCGUCACUCCGAUCAUCAACAUCUACUAUAUUCGACCAUACUGCGAAGCGUUCAAACGAUGUCUACUAUGCCGCCCGAAGCUGACUGAAAAUAGCCGAUCGAAAGUUGAUAUGGUUAGGGCGUGA